AUAGACAUGAUGGAUUUUGAUGAAUUUUUUGUGAGGUUAUGUUUAUGUAUUUGUCUUGUCCAUAGAAAAGGGGGUCUUGUCUGUUUAAUCAAUCCUCGAUUUGGCGCCUUGUUUUGUGUUUUGGCGGUUUUUAACUCCAAGCACAUAUUUUCUUAGUCUGUUUGGCGGUUUUUCAACAGCAAACAUACAUACAAAAUUUCAUUUUUAUAUUUCAAUUUUUCAGUUGUUUGAAAAAAAUCUGUUCGUUAGAACACAUUAUUUGAUUAACCAAGAUUUUGUUUAGCAAGAAACAAUGGAUUCGAUCUACCAAUCUACUACUUCAACGAGCCUUCAAUCGACUUCAACUAGCCAUCAAUGGACUUCAACAAGUUCUGAAUUUGUCUCAGGAGCUCAGGAUUUGUCAAGAACCUGCCAUCUUUGCAGCAAAAUAUUUAAAACUGUGAAAAUACGAAAUCAUCAUAUCAAAAGCAUACAUAAAAUAGAUGUGUCAGUUAAGAAAAUUAAUCAUAUUGUUUGUCCGUUAUGUGAGCAAGAAACUAAUUUACAAACCCAUGAAAAUUUACGAAAACAUCUCAAGGAGAACCACCAGUUGAGUAUUGAACUAAUAACUUUGGAAUUUUCUAGCAAACAAGAAUAUGAGACAUGGAAAGAUAAGCAGAAAAUUGAGACCAGUUAUGCAUUGACUAGAGUAUGUAAUACAAAGGAACAUAAGAGCUUAUACUAUGAGUGUAACAGAAGUGACAUACGUGGGUAUAAGCCCAACUAUAAAAUUAGGACAGAGAAAUCUGGUGGAUCAAUUAAAAUUAAAGGAGUUUGUCCCUCCAGACUUAUUUGCAAACAGAGAGAUCAAGGACAAGUUUCCGUCAGUUAUUGGAAAACACAUGCUGGACAUGAAGAAGAAUUAAGAGCCAUGCAUCUGUCAAAAGCAGAAGAAAAAAUGCUUGUAGAAAAAUUAACCGCUGGGGUGCCACCUAGUAGAAUUUUAAAAGAUUCAAGAAAACUGGAAAUACCACAACUAGAUAGACUUGCUGUAUCAACAAGUAAGGAUCUCGUAAAUUUGUCCACAAAGUAUAAUAUACACAAGAAAAGAGAUCAAAAUGAUAUGGUAGCUGUAGCCUUAAAGGUUCAGGAAUGGAAUACUAACAACAAGAAUUAUGCUUUCUUAUUCAAGAAAGAAGGAGAAGAACAUGAUGUGCUGAGGACAGAAGAUUUUGCCAUUGGAUUUAUGAACAAGAUAAUGGAGGAUAAGUUACGAGAAUUCCCUAACAUAAUAUGUGUGGACGGAACCCAUGGAACUAAUAAAAGACGGAUGGACUUAACAAUAAUGCUUAUUAAAGAUGACCGAAACCAAGGAUUUCCAGUUGCCUUCUUACUGUCAAACAGACUGGACCAACGAGUUCAAGAAGUUUUUUUAGGUGCCCUCAAGAAUAGGAUGAAGACAGAGAUUCGCGCAGAUCAUUUCAUGAGUGAUGAUGAUCCCAAGUAUUACAAUGCAUGGGUGAAUACAAUGGGAAAUCAACCGAAUAAGCUUUUAUGUACCUGGCACGUGAUCAAAAAUUGGAAUUUUCAAGGGAAGAGUAAAAUAAAGGAUACAACUAUAAAGAAGGAAAUGAAAAACGACCUGAGGCAGAUUAUUACAGAAACGGAUGAAGAAAAAUUUAUGGAAUUACGGGAUAUCUACUUAACCAAACUGAAAAAUGCAAAUGAGACAGAAUUUUGCAAUUAUCUGGAAAAGAAAUACUUUAAGUCUAUGAAGAGAACAAAAACGUGGGCCCAUUGUUAUAGAAGAAAUUCUGGAAUUAAUACCAACAUGUCCCUGGAGUCGCUGAACAAUCUACUGAAGACCAACUACCUAAAUCGGACUGCAACAGGAGGAAUCGAGAAAUUAUUGGAUACUAUGGAUGAGCUAGUGGAGGUAAAAAUGUGGAAAAGAAUUGUGGACAUAAAACGGCCAAACGCGAACAAUUAUCAGGACAGGACUAUAAUUCAGGCACACAGAGGGGCAGAAAGGAUCAAAAGGAAAAUGGAGGUUACGAAGAAUAUGGAGGUAUAUGGGCAAUAUCAGGUAAGAUCCCUUACGGAUCCUAAUAUAUUACAAAAUGUAACUUUAAGACAAGUGUGUGAAAGUGAAUGUAAGAUGUUGUUUUGUAGAGUUUGUAAAAUUUGUAUACACCGUUAUCAGUGUGACUGUAGAGUAUAUGCAGUGAGAAAUACCUUGUGUCAGCAUGUGCACUUGGUAAGAAUGUAUGAGGAGAGCGUGGGUACUAACUCUGUUUUAGAUGAUGCUGCAAGGUGUUUGGGAGAAACUUCAAUUAUCAAAUCAAGGCAUGAGGAGGAAAUUAAUGAAUUUAUCAGAGGGACGCUAGAACAGACAAAUCUAACCCAGGAAAAAACCAAACGAAAUCUUCAACAGGAAUACGUCAAUAAUAUGAUGAACAAAUUAGAUGACGAAUCUUUUGCCAAAUUUAUGAGGGUGGUUCAAGGACCGUUGGAAAAACUUAAUGAAGAGGCAAUGAACAUUACAAAGAAGCGAAAAAUGGAGAAGCAGCAGUAUUUUCCUUCAAAUAAAAAAAGGAAUGUUAAGUAAUGUUAUUUAUAGAUUUUUAGUCCUAGGUGAGAUUUAGAGGAGUUUUAUCUCGCCAUUGCACCAAUAAAGGGCUCUCCUUUUGAAUAAAAAAAAUUUAAACAAA